UCCAUGGCUAGCAUGCGCAAUGAGGAUGUACUGCCAGUGCUGCUGGGUAAUUUACCUGCAAGAUAAGCGACCUCUCAGCUGGCGUUACACAUAACUUAUUCAUCAACAAAUAUGUUUUGAUCAACAGGACUGAGGGGGAGCUGCUGUGCGAUUUGGAAUUGUAACGUUACUGCCGAAUUAAAGCAAGGGAAUCCAUCGCUGAAAGAUGGAGGAGUUUAAGAGCACUACUCUGGGCCGGGUAACGGUCUACUCUAUCCAGGGCUGCCCACACUGUGUGCAGGCUAAAGCCACCCUUGGACGUUUGGGAGUCCCGGUAUGUGACGUGGAUUUGGGAAGGCACCCACAGCUCAGAGCAAGAGUGAAGGAGCUGACGGGACGCAGCUCGGUCCCUCAGAUCUUCUUUAACAACAUUCAUGUCGGGGGCAACGAUGACCUGCAGAAAUUGGCUCCUGAGGAGCUUCAAAGGUUGACGAAUGUGGUGAAGAAAGAGCCUCUUCCAGCAGAUGCUCCACCACUACCAGAGGAGACUCAAGCAGAGGACAUGGCCGGGGAGACUGAUGGAGAGUUUGUGUGUGAGAGAGAUGAGUUUGCAGACCUGGUAGAGGACCUCAAACAUGGCAAUGUGAUUGCCGCUCAUAGGAGGGGACUGACAGUGUACAAAAAGAGCUUCUCAUGUGAUCAACUGGUUGACUGGCUGCAGAGAGAGAAGGGCAUGGCCAGGGCCGUGGCCUGUAAUACUGGCCAAGCACUGUUGCAGAAGAAGUACAUGGUCAGUGUCCAUGGCGUUGGGCAGCAGGAUGGCAGUUUUGGAGAAGGGAAAGACACGCUGUACAGGCUGCUGGAGGAUGACCCUCAUUCAGCCCUCAACGCAGGACAGACGGCAGCCUGCAGCCCCAUCCAGGCUGCUGAACUCUCUCUGAUCGUACGGGAGUUGAUUCUGAAAUUGUUCUCUGAGCAUCUCUCUGCUGAUGGCAAGUCUGUGGACUACAAGGGCAUGUCGGCGAACCCUGCCUUUGAGCGUUACUGCGAGCUCGCCGUUCAGCUGCAGAGGGUGGAGCUGCUUUCACUGAGUCGGGAGGAGAAGCUGGCCUUCUUCAUCAACAUCUACAAUGCUUUGGUCAUCCAUGGGUACCUGCGCCUGGGGGCCCCCACCAACAUGUGGCAGAGAUACAGAUUCUUCAACUACGUGAGCUACCUGAUUGGAGGAGAGGUGUUCACAUUGCAGGACAUUGAGAAUGGAGUUCUGAGAGGGAACAGGAAAGGCGUCGCACAGCUUCUAAGGCCCUUCUCCAAAACAGACCCACGACUACAAGUGGCCCUUCCAGAUGCUGAGCCCCUCAUUCAUUUUGCCUUGAACUGUGGUGCAAAGGGCUGCCCGCCAAUUAAAACGUACACCCCACAGGACAUUGACAGCCAGCUCCGCACAGCAGCGGAGGCCUUCUUGGAGAACGACGACGCCUGUUUGGUGGAUUCUGGGAAAAGAGAAGUGCGACUCAGUCAGAUAUUCAAGUGGUACAAAGCUGACUUUGGAGGAACUGAUGAAAAGCUGCUGACGUGGGUGGUGGAGCACAUGGGGGACUCUCCGAAGAAGACCAGCCUGCAGGGUGUCCUUUCCGCCGGGAAGACCAAAGUCAGCUUCCUCCCUUAUGACUGGAGCUCCAACAGUUCCCACUGAGCGUGCACACGCAUUCACGUCCAGCUAUAUGCUAUGUCUCUCUGCAUCUGACCGCUUUCUACUGAGCUGCUUCUACUUAAAAACCAGGUCGGUGAUGAUGAUGAUGAUGAUCCACUGGUCCUCAACCAUGCAAAUGGUUUUUAUGCAAUUCAAACUGUAAAUCCAAGUGGGGAGAGGGGCACAUUUGCACUGUACCAUCGAAUCAUACUUCUCUUGGAGGCUUAUCGUAGCUUUAAGGUCUUGCUGAGCGCACCUAAUCCCUAUGUUUGGAAGUUGUAUACGAGUUUUACAUUCAACUUUUAUUGGAGAGCCAUCAUAAAUGAAAUUGCACACUGAAGCGUUUUGCUGCAGCAGCCAAACUACUAGGAUGAGAUGCACAUUAAGUGUGUUAUUGACUUGUAAAAUGUCAAAGCCUUAACAUUUCCCAACUUAUUUCAAUUAACGCAGAGCUAACUAAUGGCGUUCUUUUAUAGUGAUUAUAAAAUCCACGAUCUCCAGUCCUAAUCUUUCACCACUAUGACAACAACUCAGGGGUCCUGGAUUGUCGCGGUCGUCAUACAACAUCCGUUGGGCUGUUUAGCAUUUAGUCAGAGCAGUUGGAGAAGGUACAAACACACCGCCUUGACGAGCCAUACCGAAACCCUUUGCACUUGCAAACCUGCUCAUCCCUGUUUAGCGGGCUCCACAAAGCUAGUCCAUCAUUUUGAGCUGCAGAUGUAAGCAAGCUGAUGUUUCCUACAGGGGAAGAAAGUAACAGCUGUUGCAGUUUUAACACUGAAUUUAAAGGGAGCAUUAGUGGUUCAUCCGAAGCCCUGGACAGUAACUACUAAAAUCAAAACACAACUUUGCUUACGUCUGUAAAAAAGCCAGAUUUAAAGAUUGUGAAAGAAGUGUAUGAUUUUUGGAAGUAUGAUUGAUUUCAUCUAUGAAGCAUCUGUGACCCAGGUAUCAAGGUAUUUUUCAUUUCAAACAACAUCCUGUUACGUGCCGCUGCUGUCACUUAGCCUCCAAAUCAAUAGCCACAGGUUGGACUGGAACUGUAUGGUGGUGCAAUGGCUAUUGGGGGGGGGGGGGGGGGCUGUAUCCUCUAGGCCCCCAUCUUUGUGUUUAGAGUUCAGACUUUCACUCGUCUGGAUGAGUUUUAACUUUGAACUCCUUCCUGUGAAGCUACACGGUUGUUCUCCCCAUGUUUUGAUCCAAGUCUUCCAUUUUCCAUUGGAAAAGAGCUACUGGUGUUUUGUAAAAGAUAUAGGAAUAUUUAUUAUAAACAUCUUCAUCAAAUCUAUAUCCCUGAUACUUUGCAUGUUUAUCACCAAAUUUGAAUGCUGUUGAGACAUAUUUGUUCUUCUUUCCCACACAAACAAUGUUCGCUGUUGGUCAGUGUCUGCGGGGACUUCAGUAGUCUUGAGUUAAAUGUAGCAGUUCAUGUGUUGAUUAGAGGUUGUAGUUUCUUUGGUGUGUUAAGUGUGUGUGCCUACACACACACACCACACUGUACAGGACCUCCUUCAUUUCUUCUUUCGUCACUGAAUUUCAACUGAAUCAGUUUUCCGUUUUACCUUAAACGUUUGUAAGACUUCCCUUAUUGACACAACUCUUCCAGUGUGAUGACCACACAUCUACUUCAUUUAAUGACUGUAUAUGAUUAUAGUGUUUAUUAGUGUGUGGCUUAUCUCAGGUCAAAAGAAAAUGUGAGUAGAAACAACAUUGAGUGGCUUGAUGUCAUCAAUGCACUGUAUGAUGCAUGUUGUUGAUCUGCACAGUCCAUACUCUUUUGAAAACACAUGCACAUUACUGUAACUGUCAGUUUGUCCUUUACGCUAUAAGCAGCACCACAUCAUGAGGUUGAAUAAGCAUGUGUUAAAACUGGAAUGCAUUUGAAUGGCGGCCUGUAGCAGGAGUCGCUGCUUUGUUUCUACCCUCUGAGCUCAGCCAUAAGAAGUAGUCGGCCCUCAACACUCAUCCUCCCAGUUAAGACAAUUCAAAGUGUCAGUUUGACCCGAACAUCACCUCCGGCUUAGCUGCAGACGGUGAAAGUGCACCGUCGGCUUUAUGACACGUCGUGGGAUAAAAUGGAGAGAAGAAAAAGGCUUUUGUUUCCCCGACAUUGAUGAUCCCUGUACUUACAUUACCUCGUGUAUCAGGAACAUGUGAUGCAAAAAGUUUUUUAAACAAGCAAUUCUAAUAUUCUAUUUUCCUCUUUCCUUGGGGUCAAUAAAGCAAUAUGUUUAUGAAUGCUAAAUAUGCAAUGCUGAACUUAAAUAAAUAUGUCUGCUGCCUCUUUU